ACGAGGGGGAGUAGUAGGGAGAGAGUCUCGGCACCAGCGACUCAGAGAAGCGGCAGAAGGAGGAGAAACGACGUCAUCUGAAAUGAGCUCAGUGAAGAAAAUGGCCCCUCCCGCUCCGCCCAAGAGCAACAGGCCCACGAGGUCCAGGACCCCAGCGAUCGCCAUCGUCGACGAGAACGACCCGUUCCACAUGAAGAAGCUGAGCGUCCCACGUGACAUCAUGAUGGAGGAGCUGUCGCUCCUGGCCAACAAGGGCUCGCAGCUCUUUAAGAUUCGUCGCAAGCGAGCCGACAAAUACACUUACGAGAGCGAGGGGACAGCUGGGCACUACAGCUAUGACCACCAGGGUAACCCCUACAUCGCCUACGGCUCUGGGGGUGGAGUUGGUGCCGCCGGCCACCACGUCCUCAUCUACGGCCAGAACGGGGCAGGAGGUCACGGGGCAGGAGGUCACGGGGCAGGAGGUCACGGGGCAGGAGGUCACGGAGAGGGGGGUGGCGGUGCCGGAGGUCAGCACGGGGGAGGUCACGGGGGAGGUCAAGGGGGAGGUGCCGGAGGUCAGCACGGGGGUGGUGCCGGUGGAGGCGGUGGUGGUGGUGGUGUGAAUGGGCCACACUCAGGAUCGGGCCCGCUGCAGGAGCAGGUGAACUCGGUGUGCCCCCCAGUCCACAAGGCGUACCUGUCCCCCUGGGACCAGGCCAUCGGGGGCGAGCCCCAGCUGCUCGCUGGCCUCACCCAGCAGCCCCUGGGCCCACCGGGCCCCAGAGAGCCCUACGCAGACUACCGCUCCUUCAACCGCAAGGCUCUCCCGUACGGAGGCUUCGAGCUGGCGAGUCGCCUCUCCUCCUUCGUGAUGCCCAAGUUGACCUUCACGGCGCCGGUGACCCCUGAGGUGACCCACGACGGCGUCCCCCAGCGGCCCAACUUCAACCGCUCGCCGCAGGGCUGGGCCUCCGUCUACCCGCUGGACGAGGCCGCCCAGCUGCUGCUGCUCACCGCUCGCGAGCAACGGCAGAGCCGCGAAGACCCCGACGAGGACCUGUGAGCCUCACCACCACCCUCACCACCAACCUCACCACCACCACCACCAACCUCGCCACCACCACCAUCACCACCACCCUCACCACCAACCUCACCAACCUCACCCUCGUCACCACCACCCUCACCACCACCCUCACCACCACCACCACCACCACCCUCACCACGGUUCAGAGUUCAGGGCUGAGGGUUCAGAGUUCAGGGCUGAGGGUUGAGGCCUCUGGGUUCAGGCCUCAGGGUUCAUGAACUCAGCCCAGGGCUGAUGGCCCAGGGCUGAUGGCCCAGGGCUGGUGGCCCAGGGCUGGUGGCCCAGGGCUGGUGGCCCAGGGCUGAUGGCCCAGGGCUGAUGGCCCAGGCCUCAGGGUUCAUGAACUCAGCCCAGGGCUGGUGGCCCAGGGCUGAUGGCCCAGGGCUGGUGGCCCAGGGCUGGUGGCCCAGGGCUGAUGGCCCA